CCUCCACCGAACAUGCAAACGUCCCCGAAAGCACUCUUCUGACCUGCACCAGACUCAUUUUCAACGACAUCGUAUACCAGUAUGUCUCUAGAAGAUGACACUACCUUCAGAAAGGCGAAUGGUGUCCCUUCACACAGCGACGAGUUCAUUCAGCGAUUCCUACAAGGCAGGGACAGCCUAGUAUACGAGGAGAAGAAACAAAGAAGCGACCGAGUCUUCCGUCAGAGCCUCUCACCCGCCAGUGCGGAAGCUUGCGCAAUUGUAGACCAGAUUCGCUUCGAAGAGCAACAGACGAUAUGGACACGAGAAUACGAAAACAGUCUGGCGGAAGAAGACCAGGAUAUAUAUCCUGGUAUGAUGUUCAGUCUCGCAAAAGAGCGCAUGGAGAAGAGCAAGCUUUGGAAGAUCAUCAAGAAGAUGCCUAAAGGGGCAUUAUUGCAUUGCCACAUUGAAGCAAUGGUGGAUUUUGACUGGGCUAUGGUUGAAGCUUUCAACACAAAAAACUUCUGUAUCAAGGCUAAGGAGCCAUUGUCUUCGCCCAGGAGCAGAAGAGCGGCAAACUUCGAAUUCGUGUACAAAAUCGACUCCAAGGUCCCGGGCGAAAGCAUCUGGUCCGACACAUAUACACCCUCAACCCCUGUUCCCCUGACCGCUGCCGCAGACGCAUACCCAGACAACGGCAAAGCAGGCUUCAUCGAGUGGGUACGCUCACGCGUUACAAUAACCCACGAGGAGUCCCUUCGCCACCACUACGGCCCUAAUGACGUCUGGCGCAAGUUCCUCUCUUGUUUCCCGAUCCUCGGCAGCAUCAUCUACUACGAGCCCAUCUUCAAAAAGUUCCUCCAGCGCAUGUUCACCCAGCUUGCCGAAGACGGCGUCCAGUGGGUCGAGCUACGCUCCGCAUUCUACACACCUUUCUACAGCGAAUGCCAAGAAACCCCAGACCAGGAUCACGAGGGUUUCUUCGACUGCCUCGAGCAAUGCAUUGAGGCAUUCCAAAAAGACCCCGCUUCUCGAGACCGUGUAGAAUUUUGGGGCGCCCGCGUAAUCUGGACCACCAUUCGCGCGCUUGACACCCCCGCUAUAAUCGCCGGCAUGAAAGAAUGCAUAUCGCUCAAGAUGCUGUUCCCAGACCUCAUUGCCGGUUACGACCUCGUCGGUCAAGAAGACGCCGGACGGCCUCUCUCCGAUCUUGUCCCUGAGCUCUUCUGGUUUCGUAAAGCAUGCGCGCAAUCAGGCGUUACAAUCCCAUUCUUCUUUCACGCGGGCGAGACACUUGGCGACGGCGAUAGCACAGACGAAAACCUCUUUGACGCAAUUCUGCUUGGCACAAGGCGGAUCGGACAUGGCUUUAGCUUGUACAAACACCCGCUGCUAAUCGACAUGAUCAAGGACAAACGCAUCCUCGUCGAGAGCUGCCCGGUCAGCAACGAGGUCCUGCGGCUGUGCAGCUCCAUCAUGGCGCAUUCACUACCUGCGCUCCUGGCGCGCGGCGUGCCAUGCGCCCUUUCCAACGACGACCCGACGAUUCUCGGACACGGCGAGGUCGGUCAGACGCACGACUUCUGGCAGGCAAUUCAAGGGUGGGAGAAUCUCGGUCUUGCGGGCUUGGGCAGUCUGGCGGAGAAUAGCGUGCGGUGGGCGGCGUUCGAGGACGAGCAGCCGGCCGAAUGGACACAGGGUGUUCGCGAUGGGGUCACGGGCAAGGGAAAGAAGGGCGAGUAUCUGAAGCAGUGGAUGAAGAGCUGGGAGCGCUUCUGUGUGGAUGUCGUGCAGGAGUAUAGUCCAGACGAGGAUUUAGAUCCGGACGAAUAGAGUUACACUCAAAAUGGCUAUCUGGGUUGUAGAGGGGGGCGUUUAGAAGGGCUUUGAAAGGGGGGCCAUCUAGAUGGAGUUUGGAGAGGGGCCCAGUGAGGCGACUUUUCAACAAGUAGACACCAUACAUUGUUAUACGCUGUAUUCUUUGCACCGAACACGAACUAAAAUAGAUUGCCACAUCAAAUGACCAUCAC